AGUUGUUGUCUGUUGAAUGUUGUCUGUGGAAGUUGGAAAGCACGCAGAAACAAAAGUAAAAGUGAAAGCUCUUGGAGUUAAAAAGACGGGUCCACUCAUGUAAAAUGUUUGGCACGUGAACCCUCUAGAUGCGCAAACUAGGACGUUGUGGAAGGGCUCGGCAAAAAAGAGCAAGAAUAAAGUCAGUUUCCCAUUCGCAUCAGGACAUUUUUGUGGAGCUCCAGAGAUGGAUGCUAAAGACUUCUCCGAAGUGGUCUCAGAACAGCUGUAAAGUGUUGGAACCGGCCUUGUUUGAAGGGACUGGUCGAGGUCUGAGAACAAGAGUGAGAAUCAAACCUGGCGACACAAUCGUCUCCAUCCCGGCGGAAUGUCUGAUAACGACAGACACAGUCCUGGCCAGUCCAGUGGGCGCUCUCAUCCAGAGACGGAGGCUACAGUUUACUCCCCAGCAGCUCCUGAGUAUGUUCCUGAUCUUUGAGCGACAGAAGGGAGCCCAGUCCAAGUGGGCACCGUAUCUGGACACCUUGCCCACCACGUACGGCACGCCGCUGUACUUUUCCCGCAGCGAACUCAGCCUGCUAGUCUCCAGUGUCCAGGAGAUGGCGGAGAGCUCUUGCCGAAGAUUCCGCAGUGCUUGUGAGAAGAUCAUGAGCUUCGUGAAAGGAGACAUGAGCGGCCAGCUUCCUAUUUUCACUGUGACAGAUCUGAGAUGGGCGUGGUCGGCUGUGAACACGCGGUCGGUGUACCUCCGCACACACCCCCACCCCGCUGUGUUGCUCGACCCACAGGAAAGUCACAUGGCUCUGGCACCUUUCCUGGACCUACUGAACCACACAGACUCGGCUCAGAUCACAGCUGGUCUGAACGAGCGGUCGGGCGCCUACGAGAUUGUGACCAGAGACGGCUACUUCAAGUACCAGCAGGUCUUUAUCUGCUACGGGCCCCACGACAAUGCAAAGCUGCUUAUCGACUACGGCUUCACACUGCCAGUAAACUACAACAACUCUGUCACCUUCACUUUAGAGGACAUUGUCUCGAUAAUUUCUACGACCUCGGUGACGUCCUUGAGCAGCAGAGUAGAACUGGAGAGGAAGAUGAAUCUGAUCCGAGAGUCGCAACUCAGCAAGCAGCUGGUCUGUGGUCAAGAUGGAUGUUCCUGGUCACUUAUGACUUCCCUCAAGAUCUUCUGCCUACCCAGGGAGCAGCUGGAGCAGUGGCGGCGCCUCCUGCAAGGUCAAGUGGUCAGUGAGGACAACGAAAGAGUCUCAGGAGACCUGGCAGUGGCCUUGGUCACUCGGGCCCUGCACGAAGCACGCAGACGGCUUAAACAUGUG